AGAUAGUCGCAAAGUUUUUAAAAUCCCAAAUCUGAAGUGAUUUGACAGAACUUUAUUUGUAAAAUGUUUUUAACUCCAAGAGAUACGGCAUACUAAAUACGUUGGAAACAGUGUUGUAACAUUUAACACUUUGUUUAUUUUGCAACACUUAAAUUGACUAGGUAAAAAGUCAUACAAAUGGCGACCGGAUCGGUUCGCCCGGUCCGUAAUCUGAAAAGUGGGCGAUACCGAAUUCGACACGAAAGUUCUGAGGAUGUUGUUGUCAAACUGGAUCUCAGCAAAGAUCCGGGUGAAAAUGUGCGAGAAAUUUUGCGCAAUGUCAUCACCCAGCAUGGCGUUGCCAGCAGUAAGAAAACUGCCUACUUGAACAGUUUUGUGAAGCUCAUCAAGUCGGUAGGCUAUGAUGGCAGUUUGGGGCUUCCAAUGUCAGAAAUUAUGCCAUGUCUCGAGGUUGGACUUUUGAAUGAGACAAAGCAAAUCCGGACUGCAUGUUUGAGAGUGAUUCGGUACCUUUUGCCGUACGAAGAGACUCUGGAAGUGUUUCUUCUCCUACGUUUUGAUUACCUUGUUGCGAGGUGUUUGGAUGUGAGUCUGGACAAUGAGAUUGAAAGAAUACACGCCAUAAAGCUGAUCAGGCAGAUCAUCAAGACUGCCCCGAUGAAGUUCCCCAAGUCAUUAGUCUUUGCUCUGGUUGCUAUCGGCAACGAUGGAGCAAGUGAGCGGGACAGAAUGGUCCGCGUCUCCCUCGAGACAAUCUGCGAAUUAGCUUUCAGAAAUGUGGACCUGGUCUCCCAGUGUGGGGGUCUUCAAACACUCAUCUGGAACAUUCUCGACUGUCACCAAUAUCCUCGUCUGAACGAGGCCCUCACCGCCACCAUCAUAUAUCUCCUCAACCAUCCCAAAACCAGAAUUUAUAUCAAGCCUCAGGUCGACAUAGAGCGAUUACUGGCUCCAUUUACGGACAGUCAUUUCCGGUACAAUUGGGAAGAUGGAAGAAAUGAAGGAUCUUCAAUAUUCAUCGCCAGCAAGAUGGCUGUCAUAACUGUGAUGCGAUCUUGGCCAGGUCUUAUACGACUGUGUCACCCGGAGGGCUCCGGCAUGCAGUCCCUCAUAGGAAUUUUGUACCUGCCCUAUGUUGAAAUUAGAAAAUAUGUCCUGGAAGUGAUCUCAGACUUAUUCCGUCUCCCUCUGCCAACUUGGACCGAUGACUUUGUCACAGCUUUCAGCAGUAUUGACCCCAGUGAGAUGAAGGACGUGUGGAAGUUGACGGAAGGAUUUGUGGCGGAGGAAGGUCGCGCCAUUCUGCCUCACAUAUCUCACACCAGGCCCAAUCUGAUAGAGAACCAUCUUGCCUUGUUACUGUCUGCCUGGCUUCACGCUGGCCUCUGUGAGCAAGCGUACCAGGCUGUGAUGUGUCUGACAAGGUUCCACAAGAUGAUGAAGCGGGGUCGCGUCCCCUGUACCCUCUUCCUGGACCAGCUCCUGCAGCAUGCUGGGAAGAUGUCAGAGGUCACCAGCAAGCACUGGCACCUCCGCCGGGAGAAGCUCUCCGAGUAUUAUUUCAAAAAGGUUUCCACUGAGGAGGCCACCAAUCAAGCUAUCAAAGAUUCCCUUGUCAAUACCACCAUCACAGUCGCCGAGUGGGAGUGGCCGGCCAUUGCUGCUCUCUUAAAGUCGCCAGAUGAGAAGUUGAAGAAGCUGGAUGACCAGAACCACCAAAAGUUCGUCAAGCGGUUGGUUUCCUUCUACAAACCGGAGAAUGAGCUCUUCUCCAAGAUGGACAUCGGUGACCCCAACAAGCGGCAGAUGUGCAUCGUGGCCAGCUACCUCAUCGACUUUCUCAUCGCGUCCGCGUCUGAUGAGGCAGUGAAACUUAUUACGGAGUGGCUGACAGACAUUGCAGAAAACCUCAAGGAAGUGACAAAACUGAACGUGCCCGUGGACGAGAACGCCAUGUUUGGUACCAAGAAGCUCCACGAGAAGAUGUCCAGGUACUACUUCCUGUUCAUCGGGAGGUUCUCCGCCACAAAGCGAGGCUGCAUCUACUUAGAAAAGUGCGGCAUCAUCCAAAGCUUCCUGGAGCUGAUGUGUCAGUCGAUCAACCUCCUGUAUGUGAAGCUGGUCAUCUCAAGUCUAAGCUUCACCGCCGACGGGUCUACGCGGCCCAUCCUGUCCAAGGCCUUGACCGGCACACCGGACGUGUGUCGUCUCUACGCCACCAAGAUGUUGCGAGUUCUCAUGCGUGCGGGCACGCCAGGUUUCAGCAGCUGGGGCGUGGAGCUACUGGUGACGCAGCUCUAUGACACGCAGCCCAGCGUGGCAAUGUCGGCGCUCAACAUUCUCGACGAGGCCUCGGACAACGAGGAAAGUCUGAAGAACCUGAUCAAGCUGCGGCCGUCGCUGCUCCACCUGGGCGAGAAAGGCGUGAUGUUGUUGUCGAGGUUUGUCUCCACCGUCCAGGGCUUCCGGGCCCUCAACGACGCCAACUUCAUCUCUAGCCAGCUGGAAAAAUGGCAUCAGUCUUUCAAUGCGCAGUAUGUCGAUAUCGUGGAGGAAAUGCUCAGUGAGGCUCUCAUGACCUACGAGAAAACUUUCUCUGGCUCUUGUCCGAGACGGUCCAUUCUGAAGGGUCCCAAGAAGGACGUGUUUCUGCCGGCACAUCUGUACGGUCAGCUCACGAUGCACGACGAGGGGCUGGAGCUGCUGCAGAAACAGGAGUGUAUCUUCGAGUACUUCAGCUGUAUCCACAACCAGAUUCUGCAUAACGACGCCGACAUACGCACUCUCAAGACCGCGCUCUGGGCAGUGGGUCACAUCGGUCUGUCGGCGGACGGCGUGGCGUGGCUGGAGUCAGAGAACAUCAUCCCUGAGCUGAUCCGUUUGGCCGAGGAGUGCGGGGUCUUCUCUGUCCGGGGCACGACGUUCUUUGUGCUGGGUCUCAUAGCCUGCACGCGGAAAGGAGCGGACAUCUUGAGUGAGCUGGGCUGGGAGUGCCGGUGUCACACGCGAAAAGACAUCUUCCCUGUGCUGGACCAGGACGGCUGGAUGCACGGCCCCAUGGAGGAGGCUCUGCGACUCAGCGACUUCCGCUCGGCCGCGGUGCACGGGGAGCGGGGCCGCCUGUCUUCCUAUGAGAGCAUGGGCCUGUCGCAGAUCCAGGAAGAGACGCAGCUCCGAACCAGCAGCGGCGCCACCACCGCCACCGCCAGUAGCAGCAACAGCUCCCGCUCCUCGGCUCAUUCGUCGUUGUUGCGGCACUCCACGCCUCACAACUACCACAACAUUCCGCCUUACACGUCCCCGCCCAGUCUAGUCGUGCCCUCCGCCGCCAGUCGCGCCAAAAACUUGCCCAACGAGUCGGAAGACUUUCGUCGGUUCCAGUCCUUGCCCACCCGCUCAAAAUCGGAGAAAGCGCUGCCUCGAAAGAGUGCGGCCGCCGAGUAUCGCCCCAGGGCCAUGAGCACUGACAAAAAAAUCCCGGCCCCGGCCUCCGUUUCGGGCCGCAAAAGUGGGUCAGAGCCACUAGACGUGGACUCGAUUUCGUGUGAGUUUGUGAGGUCUGACUCUGUGAACGGCGCUGAGAGCGACCACCGGGUUUCGAGGGACUCGAUACAGCUCAUCGCCUCGCCCGUGGUCAGACUGAGGACCAGCUCAGACGGGGAUUCUGCGCUGUCCGAUCACUGUGAUUCUAACGCCAGCCAGCAUUCGGAGCAGAAGGAGAAGACGGAGGACAACAAUAAUCACCACCUCCGGCAUCCCUCCCAGGACGACCAGGACGCUCCAACGAUGAGUGAGACAACAACAACGGCGACAUCAGCCGUAACAGCAGCUACCCAAUCUCUUGAGAAACUUUCAGAAGUGGAAGUUGCCGGCUCCCAUAGUGUGACUUCACCAAACUUACUGUCUCCCACACGGACUUCCUCGGAGAAGAGCUGCCUGGAAACUCCAGCGGAGAGCGAAGUGGUCAGCUUCAGAAUCGGCAGCUCCCAGGUGGGCGGGGGAGGGUCCAGCUCAGCGGGCUUCAGCAAGCAGAGCAGCAGCAGCAGCGAGGGCUCAAACCGCAGCAAGAGCCGGGGCUCCAGCUUCAACGCCACCGACUCCACCAGCGGGGUCGGGUCGUGCGAGUCGAACCCGCGGCCCGUGGCCACUUCCACGGCGGGCGGCACCACCAUCACCUCCUCCCUCACGCCCAUCCCGUCCUCCUCCUCCAUCUCCACCCUGGCCCCCUCCUCCAACCUCCUGACGGGCGCAGAGCAGGCCAAAGAGCCCGUGCACCCCUCGGCGUUGUCUCGCAGCGUCUUCCGUCUCUCUCGCAUCCCCAGCGCUAAGCGCCGCUCGGCCUCGCCCGCGGUGGCCGGGAUGAGCAACGGCGGCCAGUCGUACACGUCGUACCGGGACACGGUGGGCUACGCAGCGCUGCGGGCCAUCAAGCGGCAGAGGACUUACAGCUCGGAGGGCGACAGCGAGGGCGGGACUCACCUAGAGGCUCCGCCCUCCAUCAUCCGCACAGUCAGCCAGGACUCAGAGCUCAGCGUAGACAGCAAUAUGUGGCUCAGCAUCAGGAGAAAUGUGAGCAGUGCCUCUCUGCAAGACCCGGACGCCCCCGCCUCGCCCAUCGGCAACCUCAACAGGGCCGCCUUCAAACCGCUGUCGCCUUGCAACAGAUUUGUGGGUAUUUCCCUCCCAGUAGACAUCAAGAUGAUCUUUGAGGUCGUGGAAGGGGAAGACAAGCGGUCGUCCAGCGUCAUGGCCUCACAGCUGCGUCCGGGCGGGCCAGGUUUCCCUGCAGAUUUGCCUUUAUCAGCCAUGGUGCCUCCUCUGAAGAAAGAAACGGCUUUCGCUCACACAAAGUUUGCCUGUUUGCUGUGUUGUGAUUACCGGCAAAAGAUCCUGCCUACCACCCAAAAGAAAGAGGGCGAGAGCCGCGAAGCGACGGCGGACGACGAGGGUAAGGGCGAGCACGAGGGCGCGGUGCACAACAAGCUGAGUCGGUCGCGGGGCGGCAGCGUCAACGAUCAGUCGUCCUCUGCCACGCCGGGAAGCGUCACCAGCAACAGCAGCUCGCAGGAAACAGGGGACAAGAAGAUGAGCGAGGACAGCGUGGAAGGUCGCGAGUUGAUCAACCUGGAGGUCAUGAGGCUCAUCAUCAACCUGGGCAGCUCGCUGGGGCUCCGCUCGUACGAGGCCGGACUGCUCAGCCUGAAGCAAAGAUUCCCCAAAUGUUUCCGCGACGUCUGCUUCUACUCGGAGGUGUGCUACCUGUUGUCCACCUACUCGUACCGCCUGCUGGCGCGCCGGUUCAUCCAGGAGCUUUUUGACGAGUUGGACAUCAGUGAGCUGCUGGAAGGCCCGUGCCGGAUGCUUGGCGUGGACUGGCAGCCCAACUCACAGAUGACACCCAUCAGACAGGACAGCCUUGAUGAGUUCCAGGACUUCUCCUUCUCCUGAUGACCGCCCCCGGCGACCGUUGACCGUCGAGACUGUCGGUGA